AUGGCAUCUUUCCCAGAGGCUGAGACCUGGACCCAGGGCGCAGGGGGCGCGGGUGAAGACGGCGUGGGGAACCUGAGCGCCAGCAGGCUGGGGGUCGCGGCGGCCGCGGGGGCUCUGGGCGCCGAUUGGCUCCCUCUGCUCGCCAAGGUCGGCAACGUCUCCUCGGGGCUGGCGACCCCCGCGCCCUCGCAGCCCCGCGCCAACCUCACCAACCAGUUCGUGCAGCCGUCCUGGCGGAUCGCGCUCUGGUCCCUGGCGUACGGUGUGGUGGUGGCCGUGGCGGUCUUGGGAAAUGUCAUUGUCAUCUGGAUCAUCCUGGCCCACAAGCGUAUGAGGACCGUCACCAACUACUUCCUCGUGAACCUGGCUUUCUCGGACGCCUCCAUGGCCGCCUUCAACACCUUGGUCAACUUCAUCUACGCGCUCCACAGCGAGUGGUACUUCGGCGCCAACUACUGUCGCUUCCAGAACUUCUUUCCCAUCACGGCGGUGUUUGCCAGCAUCUAUUCCAUGACAGCCAUAGCCGUGGACAGGUAUAUGGCCAUUAUUGAUCCCUUGAAGCCUAGACUGUCUGCUACAGCCACUAAGAUUGUCAUUGGAAGUAUUUGGAUUCUAGCAUUUCUACUUGCUUUCCCGCAGUGCCUUUAUUCCAAAAUUAAAGUCAUGCCAGGCCGUACUCUUUGCUAUGUGCAAUGGCCAGAAGGUCCCAAGCAACAUUUCACGUACCAUAUAAUUGUCAUUAUACUGGUGUACUGUUUCCCAUUGCUCAUCAUGGGUGUCACCUACACCAUCGUUGGAAUUACUCUCUGGGGAGGAGAGAUCCCAGGAGACACAUGUGACAAGUACCAUGAGCAGCUGAAAGCUAAACGAAAGGUUGUAAAGAUGAUGAUCAUUGUCGUGGUGACAUUUGCCAUCUGCUGGCUGCCCUAUCAUAUUUACUUCAUUAUUACUGCCGUUUAUCAGCAGUUAAAUAGGUGGAAGUAUAUCCAGCAAGUCUACCUGGCUAGUUUUUGGCUGGCAAUGAGUUCUACCAUGUACAACCCGAUCAUCUACUGCUGUCUGAAUAAGAGAUUUAGAGCUGGAUUUAAGAGAGCCCUUCGCUGGUGUCCUUUCAUUCAAGUAUCCAGCUAUGAUGAGCUGGAACUCAAGACCACCAGGUUUCACCCAACUCGGCAAAGCAGCCUCUACACUGUGACCCGGAUGGAGUCCAUGACAGUGGUGUUUGACCCCAGUGAUGGAGACAACAUCAAAUCCAGUAGGAAGAAGAGAGCCAUUCCCAGAGAUCCAGGCUUCAAUGGCUGCUCCCGCAGGAAUUCCAAAUCUGCCUCCACCACUUCAAGUUUCAUAAGCUCCCCCCAUACCUCUGUGGAUGAAUAUUCUUAAAGCCAUUCCAGAAGUGAGAGAUUGCUGCUGGGAGGCCAUCUUGUUCCCAGUGUUGAUCCCCCUUUUACCUGUUUUCAUCCUGUCCUAGAUGCUCUUUAGAAAAGAGCAACAUUUAGGCAGCUAGGCUUAGAUUGGAGAAAAGUAAUAUAGGAGUAUAACAAAAACACUGUUAAGACAUUAGUCCCCCACCAAAAAAUACAAGUUUUAAAUUUAUUCUUUUAAAAACUCAAUUAUUAUGUGCAACAAACAAUAUAUAUGAAAAAAAUAUUUGUCACACGUCCAAUUUCUCUCACUUUAAAAAUUAUAAUAUUUAUUUGUAAUACUAAAAUAACAAUUUUUUCCAAAAGAAUAAAAAUCUUUAACAAAAUACUCUGGCUAGAAGGAAAACUCGUCUACAUAAACUAAAGAUUUGUCCUUUACUGCUCUGAAAUAAAAAUGAAACAAUUCAUUUUCCCACAAAAAUGAUAGAAAGCUCACCUCCUAAAGGAGCAAGUAAUGAAAAGUUUUGUGAAAGAGAACUAGGAGAAUGAAUACCUUCAGUUGUUUCAAGACAUUUAACUGAAAAAGAACUCUAGACAAAUCAUUAAGUAGGGACCCAUGUCAUCCGC